AUGGCAUCAUCGUUAGAUUUAUUUGAUCAAUUUUCAGCAAAUUUUCAUAAAACAUUUUCACAUCAACCAUGUCUUGUUAUUGAUGUAGCGCAAUCAAAUUUACCACCAUCACCAUGGUCAGGAAAUGAUAAUCGUAAUACACAAAUUUGUUGUCAACCAUUUUUUGAUCCAAAUUCAAACGGUGGUCGUUAUGAAAUAGCUUUUUAUGAUAAUGGUUACGCUUAUUAUGAAGCAUUAGAUGGUAAAGAUUUUCAAGCACGUCUUGAACGUCUUAAUCCACAAAUGGAAUUUCGUGAUUUAAAAAAAGUUUUAGAAAAAAUGAAACAAAUAUUUGAACAAUCAGUUAUAAAUAAAACAGACAAUCAAAUUUCUGUUCAAUUAAUUAAUGAUGAUGUAUUAAUCGUAGACAUGAAAGGUCGUAUUCAGUCUUCAAUACUUUUUAAAUAUAUGUUUAAAUGUCAACGACGUGAAGGUGAAUUUUAUGAAGCAAAUUAUGUUCGUCAAAUUGUUUAUUGUCUUGCUGAACGUAAAAGUCGUGAACUUGAAUUAAUUAAACUAAUUCAAGCUAAAGAUAAAGAACUUGAUGAUUAUCGUUCUCAAGGUACAUGUCAAUUACAACGUGCAUGGCUUACAACACAACCAUUUGAUAAAGAUGAAUUUGAUAAAUCAACAUCACGACAAGUUCAACAACGACAUGAUGAUGUUUUAAUGCAUACACUUGAUUUAGCAUUUGAUCGUGAAGGCCAACAAUUAAUUGAAGAAUGUUUAUUAAGAAAUGAAUAUCGAAAACAAUUAGGUUCAUCACAAGAUGGUCAUAGUUCAUCAACAACAAAAACAUCAAAAAAGAAUAUUUCAUCACAAAAACGAACAUCAAGUAAACAUCAGUCAGGUUCAAGCCAACAAUUAAAUGAUGAUAUAGUUGCUGCCGAACUUCGUCGACAUGAAGAACUUGAAAGAAAACUUCAAUUAGAGAGAGAACGUGAUGAACAAAUAGCUAGAAAGAAAAAGAAAAAAUUCGUUUAA